ACGUGCUUGAGCCUGCCCGAAAAUGUUCUCCCGUGUUGUAGGAUUUCAAAGGAGCGCAGGACUUUGCGGUGAAAUAAUACAUUUUAAUCCGUGAAGAAAACAAAAACAAAUCGCAUGAUUUUAUUCUAUAGUAAUUCACAGUCCCAUUUUAUGGCGAAACUGUGAUUUUGGACGACUCCAACGGGAAGUUUACGUGAUCUUUUUUUCCCGGAGUGAUGUCGAAUCCUGGGAGUCGGAGGAACGGGUCCAGCAUCAAAAUCCGACUGACAGUAUUGUGUGCCAAGAACCUCGCAAAGAAAGACUUCUUUCGCCUGCCGGAUCCAUUUGCCAAAGUUGUGGUGGACGGAUCGGGUCAAUGCCACUCCACAGACACGGUCAAGAGCACACUGGACCCCAAAUGGAAUCAGCACUAUGACCUCUACAUUGGAAAGACAGACUCCAUCACCAUCAGUAUAUGGAACCACAAGAAGAUCCAUAAACGACAGGGGGCAGGUUUUUUGGGUUGUAUACGACUGCUUUCUAAUGCCAUCAGCAGGCUAAAAGAUACAGGAUACCAGCGUCUAGAUCUAUGUAAGCUGAACCCUUCUGACAGUGAUGCAGUGAGGGGGCAGAUUGUCGUGAGCUUACAGACGCGAGACCGUAUUGGUAGCGGCGGCCCUGUUGUGGACUGUAGAGGACUUUUAGAAAAUGAUGGACCUGUUUUUGAGGGGUGUUUCAGUGAAGAACCGCUUCCCUACUCCGACCCCACCGGUGCUGCAGGAGGUGGAAACUGCCGACUGGACUCACCCAGUCAGGAGGGCCGUCUUCAGACACAGCGAAUCAGAGGGCAGGACUCUAGAGGUCAUGGCCACACCCCUCAGAACAGACCUCAUGGGCAUCAACCGCCUGACCUGCCAGAGGGCUACGAGCAGCGAACAACGGUGCAGGGGCAGGUGUACUUCCUUCACACACAGACGGGUGUCAGCACCUGGCACGACCCUCGGAUACCACGGGACCUGGCCAGUGUGAGCUGUGAGGAACUUGGUCCACUGCCAGUAGGCUGGGAGGUUCGAAGCACUGUGUCCGGCCGCAUAUACUUUGUGGACCACAACAACCGAACCACACAGUUCACAGACCCACGUCUACACACCAUUAUCAGUCAGCAAUCCCAAGCUAAGGAAUCCUCCCAGGCCCCCCAGAUGGAUGUGGGGGUUGAGGAGGGGGGAGGUGGAGGAGUGAGUGGCGGCGGAGUAGGAGGAGGAGAUGGAGAUGUGGCGGCGCGCUAUGAGAGAGACUUGGUGCAUAAGUUGAAGCUGCUUCGCCACGAGCUGUCGCUGCAGCAGCCUCAAGCGGGACACUGUCGCAUAGAGGUGUCCCGAGAGGAAAUCUUUGAGGAGUCAUAUCGGCAGAUAAUGAAAAUGAGGCCCAAAGACCUGAAGAAACGUCUGAUGGUGAAGUUCAGAGGAGAAGAGGGCCUGGAUUAUGGAGGGGUGGCCAGGGAGUGGUUGUACCUGCUGUGCCAUGAGAUGUUGAACCCCUACUACGGCCUUUUCCAGUACUCCACAGACAAUAUCUACACACUACAGAUCAACCCUGACUCUUCCAUCAAUCCGGACCACCUGUCAUAUUUCCACUUUGUGGGUCGUGUGAUGGGCUUGGCUGUCUUCCAUGGUCAUUACAUCAAUGGCAGCUUCACACUGCCCUUCUACAAACAGCUGCUCGGCAAACCCAUCCAGCUCAAUGACCUGGAGACCACCGACCCCGAGCUACACAAGAGCCUUGUGUGGAUAUUAGAGAAUGACAUCACUUCAGUCCUCGAUCACACGUUCUGCGUGGAGCACAAUGCCUUUGGAAAGUUCUCUCAACAUGAACUUAAACCUAAUGGUCGAAAUAUCCCCGUCACAGAGGAGAACAAGAAGGAAUACGUCAGACUGUAUGUAAACUGGAGGUUCAUGCGUGGAAUUGAAGCCCAGUUUCUGGCUCUUCAGAAGGGAUUCAGUGAGCUAAUCCCGCAGCACCUCCUCAAACCUUUUGACCAUAAAGAACUUGAGUUGAUAAUCGGUGGACUUGGAAAAAUAGACCUCACAGACUGGAAGACCAACACCCGCCUGAAACACUGCACAAGUGAAAGCAAUGUGGUGCGGUGGUUCUGGCAGGCGGUGGAGGCCUUCAGUGAGGAGAGAAGGGGACGCCUCCUGCAGUUUGUUACAGGCUCCACCCGGGUCCCCCUGCAGGGGUUCAAAGCGCUGCAGGGCUCUACAGGUUCUGCAGGACCAAGGCUCUUCACCAUCCAUUUGAUAGAUGCCAACACAGACAAUUUACCCAAGGCCCACACAUGUUUUAACAGGAUAGAUAUCCCUCCCUAUGAGUCUUAUGAGAAACUUUAUGAGAAGCUGCUGACGGCCGUGGAGGAGACAUGUGGCUUUGCUGUGGAGUAAUGACUCCACCACCAAAUCAACAUAUACACAGUCACACUGGCUUGCACUUGCACACAACUAUUUGACAUUUUAACAUAUAUGCACACACAGACAGAAUAUCAAGUAUACAGAUAAGCCAAGUAUCACAAGAAAACACUGUCUUCUUGCCACCUCUGCACCGCCGAACUGUUUGGAGGUCAAAGGAGGAAGCACAGCAGCAGCAGGAGGAGGAGGGAGGGACAGAAACAAACAAACAAAAAAAAAAAAGAGUAUUUUAAAUUUUUU